CGCCUCUCGACUCCCCCUCAACUUCGUCUACUCUCUUUUCCCGCCAUCGGAAUUAUCUCCUGCCUGGGCCUCAUCAAUGCCGCAAUAUGGAUAGCCGUCACCAUCAUCCUACGCUCACACCCGACCCUCUCCUCCUCUGCCCUGCUCUCAUACACUCUCGGUCUUCGGCAUGCCCUCGACGCCGACCACAUCUCUGCCAUCGACCUCAUGACGCGACGCUUGGUAGCUACAGGCUCCAAACCGGUUACGGUGGGGACGUGGUUCAGUCUCGGGCACUCGACGAUUGUGAUCAUCACUUGUAUAGUGGUGGCUGCUACGAGUGGGGCGUUGGAGAAGCGGUUUGAGGGCUUCAGGAAUGUGGGCGGUAUCAUUGGGACAAGUGUCAGUGCGGCGGUGUUGAUACUGUUGGGAAUAGGCAAUGCAUGGAUUUUGUGGAAAUUGGUACAGCGGAUGAGGGCUGUAUUGAGGGAGGAGGUAAAUGGUGAUAUGCAAAAUGAGGGUGCUGUAGCGGGAUUGAACCUGGAAGGGGGUGGUUUAAUGGUAAGGUUGUUUAAGAAGGUGUUCAAAUUCAUUGAUAGGCCCUGGAAGAUGUAUCCUCUUGGAGUGCUCUUUGGUCUUGGAUUUGAUACCAGUAGCGAGAUUGCUGUAUUGGGAAUCUCUUCGAUCCAAGCUGCACAAGGAACGAGUAUUUGGCUCAUUCUUAUUUUCCCUUUGCUGUUCACUGCUGGGAUGUGCCUCCUCGAUACCACGGACGGCGCUUUAAUGAUGACUCUCUACACGUCGACUUCCCUUGCGCGAGAUACAAUUGCCAUACUGUAUUACUCAAUUGUCCUGUCAGCAAUCACGGUUUUGUUUGCCAUGACGAUUGGGGUUAUUCAGUUGCUCUCUAUCGGUGCGAACUUUGAAAGUGGGCCAUUCUGGGAUGGUGUAAAUGCGGUUGGUGAUCAUUACGAUAUCCUUGGAGGUGCUAUUUGUGGUACUUUUGGAAUCGUUGGCGUACUGUCUGUGGUCUGUUAUAAGCCAUGGCGUCGAAGAGUCAAUCGCGGCCGGCAUGCUAUGCUCGCUGUCGAAUUACAAGAUGUAGUAGACAAGGACGCCGACGAAAAGGUCGCAAUCACAAGUAGGCCGACAGAUAUCGGAGUGUCUUAG